AUGUCGAAUCCGCUAAAAGUUGUCGAUAUCUCAAAGCCCAUUGCUGAUAUCAGUGGACCGUUGCUUGAAGCGGCACAAUUGCAAGGGUUUUUAUUUGUAGACGGCCAUGAUUUCAGUCAGAAUGAAGUGGACGCUUUGUUUGGCCUGUCGAAGCAGUUUUUCACCGAGACACCUGCAGAUGUCAAGAGCCGGUAUGCUAUUCAGUCCAACAAUAUCGGCUACACCCAUUUCACCAAUGAGCAGCUGGAUCCGCUCAAGGCUCGCGACUUCAAAGAAGCGUACAAUUUUGGGAAUCUAAACUUCAAAACUGGGGACUUUAAUGUGGACGAUGCCACUUUUAAUAAUCGUCCUCACACCGCUGAAGAUCACGAAAAUCCGGUUCCCGAGGUUUUUGAUGCCCAGCGCGACCUGAUAUCUCAGACUGUUAAAAAACUACACGCUACAGCGAUGCGUAUUCUACAGGUGAUGAGCCAGGGUCUCGAAGUGGAAAACCCAGACUUUUUCACCCAAAGACACCGUCCUGACCAAGCCAGUGGGUGUGUAUUCAGAAUGCUGCGCUAUCCGUUGACGAGGGACGACAAAGUCGACAAUGAAGGCUGCGAUACUACCAUCAGAGCCGGUGCACACACAGACUACGGUUCACUGACGCUUUUAUUCCAACGUGAGGGCCAACAGGGGCUCCAAUUGCAAACAGGAGACACCCAGUCGCAAAACUGGGAUGAGGUUCCGUUCGUCAGAUCUCAAUACGAGGGCCGCGCUCCACCUUUAGUAGUCAACUUUGGUGAUUUAUUGUCGUACUGGACUGCUGGAGUGCUCAAAAGCACUCUGCACCGUGUCAAAUUUGCACCAGGGGAAACCCGCGAGCGUGAUCGUUAUUCUAUUGUGUUUUUCGUGCAUCCAGAGCACGCUACAAAGCUUGUUCCAGUACCCAGCAAACUUGUUGCGGAAAAUUCGCAGGGCAAGACCCCUCCUACAAUUACAGCGGCCGAGCACUUACAAGAACGUCUCAGGGCGACAUACGCAUCCAAUUGA